AGCUGCCUUCAGAUGGUACAGAACUCACUGACAGUUGCUCUUGCUUCAGUCCUACUUCAUGAGAACUUCAGAAGAUACUGAGCAGAUGGUACGUGAACAAUACACUACAACACCACCAGGCACUAGCCUAGAGAGGCCGAAGAAUGAAUAUGUCUACAAAAUUGGAAUUUAUGGCUGGAGAAAGCGUUGCCUCUACCUGUUUGUGCUCCUCCUGCUUAUCAUCCUAGUUGUGAAUUUUUCUUUGACAAUUUGGAUUCUUAAAGUGAUGUGGUUUUCCCCAACUGGAAUGGGACACCUGCGUGUUACAAAAGAAGGCCUUCGUCUGGAAGGGGAAUCUGAAUUUUUAUUCCCUCUUUAUGCCAAAGAAAUCCAUUCUCGAGUGGACUCAUCACUGCUUCUCCAGUCUACUCACAAUGUGACUGUGAACGCUCGCAAUUCAAAUGGGGAAGUCACAGGCAGGUUAAAUGUGGGUCCUAAAAUGGUAGAAUUCCACGGUCAGCAAUUUCAGAUCAACUCAAAGGACGGCAAGCCACUUUUUACAGUGGAUGAAAAUGAGGUUGUAAUUGGCACAGAUAAACUUCGAGUUACAGCCAGACAUCUUCUGGCCCAUUUUAUAGAACAGCAUAACAUCAGACUCUGUUCUGCACAGAAGAGCAAAUGCCUGGGGAAAGCCACGAUCGGCAAAGUGUCUCAGAUGCCCCCAGGGUCAGACACAGGUCUGGAUGCCCGCGUUCAGACCAUGGAAUUGACCCUCCAGUCCACGCAGCCUCAAGCAUGA